ACAGGUUUCAGGAAAUUCCUGUGCAUGAUAACUCACACUGCCUAUGCCUACAUGUUACUGCAUUUCUAUUUUCCUGGACCGACGCACCCCUUUAAGUCAAGGUUGGCGCCUGUGUUCAGUUACCAGGUUGAUCACGCCAGGUGAAUAAUAACGGAUGUUUCACAGCAACUGGAUCAUGAACUCAGAGUCAUGUUUGAGAAUCACCUUGGGGAAGAAACCGACUUUGGUGUUUUUCAAAAGCGCCCCCCAAACGACCGAUUUUUCCGAGUGCUCAGACAAAGGCGCUAAUUUGCGAAGGUAUUAUAUAUCGCAGUUAUAGGUCAUCCCCUCGAAAACACAGAGUCAGUCGUACCUUGGUCGUUAGUGCCGAGUGUUGGUCUGAGAGGUAGGCCUACAGGAUGCAGGUCCCGUCUUUGAAGAGAGUUCGUUGAUACCAAUAGCCAAUAGGAGCUCCCGACGACUAUCAGGAAAGGGGCCAGUCCCUGCGGCCGUCUUGUCAGAGAAUCACGUGACCAAGCUGAUUGAAGCAAAAUGGUGCUGUGCGUGGGGACGCAGAGCAGUCCGCCGGUAGUUUUCAAGCACACCAAACAUGACAUCCGGCAGCAGAGGUCGGCACUAACGCGUAUAUGCUGCCUCAUGUAUUGUAUGGUCUUCUGUGUGUUCGGUUUAGUGUUUCCCAUAUGCGAUGUACUCACGAAAUCAAGCGACAGACAUCGCUUAUACAGCGAGGUCUUCCUGAUCCUCGUCAUGAUGCAGUCCAUCGUUAUCCUAGGGUACUUCUUCAUCUAUAUCUUACGCCAAGGAGGGAAAUCUUCAGCAGAAGCUGGAAGAGAUGAACUGGAAAAGGACAGACAGCAAAGCAAUGACCACCUUUCUGGUGUUGACCCCUCUCAAGUCCAGCUUCUUUCGGUCCAGGACGAUGCUCUUGAGAAUAUGAACGCAGGCUCAGAGACCAGCAUAGACAAUAAAGCUGAAGGAAAGAUCCCCGGAGUCACCAACGGGUCCAAUGGCACCCAAGGUCACAAGGCGCCACGGGACUAUGAGCCUCCCUCUUCCACGGAGAUUGGCCCACCGCUGAGCAUGGCGGAGGAGGGUCUGAACCUUUACACCAGAAUCGGUACUGUAGUUUUUGCACUCGGAGCCGUGAUACUGAAAGUGCUGAGAAUAAUAGAGCCUUUUGAUAAUAAUAUAAAUAUGGAAUGUGUUUCCAAGGUGCACAUCUUCACACAAACUUCCUUCCUAGUUUUCCUUGGAAUGGAAACUGUCUUCAUCUUUAAAUUUCACCAGGUUGUGAUCAACAAACACAAGCCGUUUGUCCGCAUUUGUCUCGUGCAUUUGAUCGCCGCGAAUAUGUCGGUAUGGCUCUCCGCUUGUACUACAGAGAUUGUCGAAGAUGUGGGAGAGAUGUUUGCUGAUGAGAAGGUUGAAGAGACGAACGCCAAUGAAACGCUGCGUUGCCAUCACAUUGACACCAUAGCAGAUAAGGUUGCCCCCUACACAUUCCCCUGCCUCAUUGAAUUCAGCCUAAUCGCCGCCUCCGCCGCCUUCAAAAUGUACUUAAACGUCGGCAAAGUCAUCGAACAAGAACAGGCAGCGAAAGAUGGGGGGGAGGAGAGUGUGGUGGCGUCACAGAGGAGUCUGGCGUCGUACAAGAGUGAGCACGUGAAAGUCACGUGCGCGACGUUCAGGAGCUUAUGGCGAGGAUUUGACAACAUCAUCUGGUUGAUUUUCGGGAUUAUUGUGUCCGCGUUUGUUAGUGUUGGUGUGGUCGUUUUCCUGGUGAUACGGGAAGGAGACCUCGAAGUUUCCCCCGAAAACUACUCAACUUACGUUUACGUCUGCACAGAAUUAGUCGCGUUGUUCAGUUGUUUAGUAGCCGUCUGCUUUGGAUUCAAAUACAUCCACAAUUUAAAGUUUCACCCGCUGGAAAAGGACACCUUUGAUGACAAGUUACUAAUAAUGGCGCAAGGUGGCGUCUUUACAUACUCUACAUUGCUCGGAAUAUCAGCUAUCUCAGACUUAGCCGGCGGUUACCAAGACACCACAUAUUUGUAUUUAAUCCGCGCCAUUUUGAAUUUCGUCCAAUCAGGAAUACAGACGGUGUUUGUGCUUGACAGUAUGCGCAGGUGCGCUGGGCAUGAGGAUCACGUGCGCAGGAAGCCAGGGCGUGCGGUAAUCUCGUUCCUAGUGAUGGUAAACCUCGCCAUGUGGUUGGUCAAUACUUUUGAGAUGGAAAAAGCAGAGGUUUCUGGAGUGAGGGUGAUUUAUUUUGACCGGGUCGCUUGGUCUGUUGUGUCGCACAUGUUGGUUCCUCUUGUUAUCUUUUACCGAUACCAUACGACUGUUUGUUUAUCAGAAGUUUGGGUGAAUGCUUACGAGAUGAGAAAGGAAGAAUAGACAAACUGAUCCAUACAACCUCAGUCAUAGCCGUGGAUGCUGUUCGAAAAUUUAAAAUGAGCUGUGUACUUGUAGUGCAUUUGCUGUUGUGGACUGGCAGAGAAAAGUCUUUAUUGUAGUGACAUCUUGUAACUAUAUUGUAACGCUUGUAUUUGCUAUAGGUUCGUAGAUGUAAAUGGCAGCUAGUUCCUUAACGAUAUGAACAGAUAUGUCGGCCUCAACCCAACUCAUCGUCAUUGGUAUGGCUUGGUUCGUGUGGCAAAGCUGCCUCCUGAUCUAAUUUGUCUUUCCAUGUACUUACUGUAAUCACCAAUCAAACAAAGCUCCCCGAUCGGCAAGUUGUUGCCCGAUACCACGCGCGCCUGUAGAUGAUAGAGUUUCCCAACUCUCGAUCUAGCUAUGCCAACAUGUGGCUGAAUGUAGAACAUUUUACACAAUAUGAUUUUAAAAAGCGCGAUAUCUCGCCAAAUCGAUUGUCAAUUACCGAUUGUCAACGUGUGUCGUACACAAAUUGACAGAGAGAAAAUAGGGAAUCAUACUGGAAUCAACAAGAAAUGCACAGAUUUCACCUAUUUUUAGAAAUGACACGUGUCAUAGCGAGAGUGUAAUGAGGAAAUCAGUGGUUAAAGUUCUCCUCUCCAACCAUGCUCAGAGGGCAGGGUUAGAGAAACGAAUGUAACCCGUAUUUCCUCAGGAUGUCAGGAUCUUAACCAGGGCGGGAAUCCAGGCGAAAGAGCUGGUUCAGGCGGCACCUUGCAGUUCGGGAAAGCUUGCCUGACACUGAUCUACGGAAAUUAACGUAUUAUAUUCCGUGCUUUAGUUCAUUACUUGGUAUUGCUGAUUGGAACACGUCCUCAAAUCAUUCUUAGCCAGAUUAUCAAAUCAAGCCGCAAAACCGUCUUGCCAGAAGCACAUUUGAAGUAUUUGUUGUGGUCUUGCUGAUAAUAAGCUUACACUGUGGUCGGAAAUGAAACGUUGCUUCUGCUGUUGGCUUACAAUAAAUAUCGAACUCCUUGUGCACCUGUAUUCAUCAGAGGGAUUUGAGGAAAAAAGGACUAAUGAGAGCAAGAAAUCAUUUUUUGCCGGAAUAACUAUUUCUGGCCAGAAAAAUUAAUCUCCUCCUCUAAUUAGCACUUUUUGCCUCAAGUCCCCGAGGCACGAUCAGCCAAUCUGGAUGAGAUUUUGUCAGGCGUGCGUGGAAAAAACUGGCGUUAUCCGCUGAAAAUCCAUGUUUUUCUUUCUUCGCGGACAAUAUGAAAAUGUCGCGGAGACCCGGCCGGUGCAGUGACCGGCCAUUCAUAAUGCUCUUAAAAUUUUAUCAUUUAUCAUUUUAUCAUUUAUCAUUACGAUUUUGUCAUCGGUGGCUGCCCAAGGAAACCAUUGGGAAAGGAUUACGUCCAGCAUAGCUAAUCAUGCAUCCUGGUAUAACCAGUGGUUUUCUAAAUACUCCACCUCUCGAUAUUUCAAGCGUUUUAUUUUGUAAUGACGAAGGCGUGAAAAAAACUAAAUCUCAGGGUGCUGUUUGUCACGUAUUGUAGCUCUAAUAUGGAAUCUCCUCAUUCCGUUCUCGGAGUCAGGGCCGACCUAACAUCCCUACUGAGUUGCCCUUGCUGGGAGAGCAAAUUUUCGGUGGCGGGAGGUUCUUUUAUGGGAAGACUUGGUAAUGUAGUGAUUAGUUCGGCCUUGCGUCGUCGCUGAAAUAAUCGUCCUAAUUUGAGUUUUGUAAUCAUGGACUUCGCUCAAUAUUUUCAUAAUAAAGAUAUACUUUAUAAUUA